UUGGAUGCUGGAAAACUCCUCCUGUUCAUGGGGAGCAAGAUGGUCCACAGUGGGCAACAGAGGGGUGCAUGGCUGUGACAGGACCUGGCCCAGCCUUUCACUGAAAGGACACCAUGCUGAGGUUGAGCUGGGGGACUUAAACUCAAGCAGAAGGCAGUGAGUGGCUGCCCUCUUCUCCUGUUCCCUCGUUCUCAUGAUCUUCUCAUCAGGACCCAUGCUGGGCUCUGGUGGAGAGUGUGGAUUUCUCACCUUUGGAAAGCUGCUAGCUCAAAGCAAAACAAGCAGCAUGAAGCUGUGCCUGCCUCUCCUGCUUGUGGCUCUGGCUCUUUGUCCCUAUGAGGCCAAUGCUAUUCCAUGUUUAAGUCUUACGAAGGACAUUGUAGCUUUCCUGACAUGGUCUGACUUUGCUUUUGAAUUGAGUAUUAAAAAAUACCAAGCACCUGAAGAAGUUGUGGCUUCAAUGAUGGAAGUGAAGCAGUGCGUAAAUAAGAUUGACUCAAAAUACAGAGGAAUCAUACUGAAAGUGCUGGUAAAAGUUGAAAAGGAUUGUUGACAGACAUAAUAAAAACAUUCUCACCUGAUGUCCUCAAUCUUCCAAGGAUUCCCUGUCAUCACUGAAUAAUGUAAAGGUUUCAACGUCUUGCUUCAUUAAAUUUCUUUCCUUGCA